AUGGUGACCUUCACGGCGCACCGCAGGAAGCCUGAGCUGGUAGCGCCUGCUCGAGCGACGGCGCGCGAGGUCAGGUCACUGUCUGACUUGGACAGCUCUCCAGGGCUGCGUCAAUACAUUACUGAGAUCGAGUUCUUCCGGUGCCGUGUCCCCGGAGGUGCGCCCGAGCAACUGGCGAGUUCCCUCAAGGCCGGCCUCGCGGAGGCGCUGGUCUACUACUACCCUGUGGCCGGCCGCCUGCGGGAGGUCUCAGGCAGGAAGAAGCUAGUGGUGGACUGCACGGCGGAAGGAGCGGUGUUCGUGGAGGCGCAUGCUAACGUGCGGCUGGAGGAGUUGAAGAAGCCGCUGGUGCCACCAUACCCUUGCGUUGAGGAGCUCAUGUGUGAUGUGGGCGACCUCACAACUGUCAUCGGCAAGCCGUUGCUCUACUUGCAGCAUCCUUCGGCCCGCUAA